CGAAACGCGUUCGAACCCUAAGAUAUCAGGCGGGAAAGUAAGUAGAGACGUCUCGCCGGAGAAGGUGGAGGAAGAUUUCCGACUUCGAAUGCUGAGAUGGCUAACAAGCUUAUUGUGGAGAUGGGCCUUCACAAAUCGAUUGCUAACAAAUUUGCCGCUCGAAACAUCGUAACUGCCAAGGAUGCGUUGUCGAUGACAGAAUUUGAGCUAAUGGAGUUGCUGGAUGUUGGAUUGGCAGAGAUAAGAUCGUCGGUUGCACUCAUCAGCGAAGCUGUUUCGCCACCGUGCCGAUCUGCUCGGUUCCUGCUGCAGCAAAAACUUGAAAAUGAACACUUUUCAGGUCAUCUUCCUACCCGUUUGAAGGGACUGGAUGAAGCCUUAUGCGGUGGAAUACCUUUUGGCGUUUUAACAGAGUUAGUUGGCCCAUCUGGUAUCGGAAAAUCACAGUUUUGUAUGAAACUAGCGCUAUCAGCCUCAUUGCCGACAAAUUAUGGAGGACUAGACGGCCAAGUGGUUUACAUUGAUGUGGAAUCUAAAUUCAGUUCAAGAAGGAUGAUUGAGAUUGGACUGAAAAGUUUCCCUGAAGUAUUUCACCUCAAACGAAUGGCACAAGAGAUGGCUGGAAGAAUCCUUGUUUUGCGACCAACGUCAUUGUCUGACUUCACUCAAAGUAUCCAGGAACUCAAGGUUUCACUCCUUCAAAAUCAAGUGAAACUUCUAGUGAUUGAUAGUAUGGCGGCUCUUCUUUCAGGUGAAAACGAGCCAGGAGCUCGGAGACAGCAUCAGUUGGGUUGGCACAUUUCUUUCUUAAAAUCGCUUGCUGAAUUUUCUCGGAUACCUGUUGUGGUGACAAAUCAAGUUAGAUCUCAAAACCGUGACGAAACUAGCCAGUAUUCUUUCCAAGCUCAACAGGUGGAUGGUUUUCGGGACCUCACGAGGACAUACGAUGCUCAUCUCGUUGCUGCAUUAGGUGUUAACUGGGCACAUUCUGUGACCAUCCGGCUGGUUCUUGAAGCCAAUUCGGGUCAGAGAAUGAUCAAAGUUGCGAAGUCCCCCAUGUCUCCACCACUUGCCUUCCCGUUCCAUAUAACAUCGGCUGGGAUUUCAUUGCUGGUUGACGAAGGGACAGAACUGAAGGGACCAGAGAUCAACACGAUCCGUGCUCAAGGACACGACGUCUGGAAGGGAGGCUCGGAAUAUGAUUAAACGCACGAAAAAGGCAGAGAGGCAUUUCGUGAGACAAGAUUAUGAACACAAUAUUGAAGCAGUGAAAGCUACAAAGCUUCACCACAUUGUUUACGCUACCAAAAAAAAUCAAACUAUUUACGGAAUUAUUAUAAAAAUCACAAAUAUUUUGUUUUAAUUGAAAAAAAAAAACAAUUCUGAUCAUGUAACGGAAGCACACGUGCUAUGUUUUAAUUGGCUUUUAGAAACAGUAACGACAA